UUGUUUGUGAAAACAUAGCUUUAUGUGUUCUCUUUUAACUUCUGAAAACCGCAAGUUUCUAUCAUUUGUCAUCUUUGAGUUAUUCGAAAAACAACCGAGUGCCUUGUAUUUUGGCGCCGAUAGUAGUUUGGCGACUGAUUUUUGGAAAAUCAAAUCUUUCGUUGAAAAUCUUGUUUUUGAUAGAAUCCUUGUCUUGACCAUGUCGGUUGUAGAGGGUGAAGAUAUCCCAAUUAUGUAUCGCCCUCAUCCUUUAGUGUGAAACCAUUUUCAAGACUAUCAAACCAAUUUAAACGAAGUCAGAAAUGAUUUUUAGAUAAAAAUACAAAAAAAGGACGGAAUGAGAAACUCUUUCUCAUUCGCUCUUUCUCAUCUCACAACUCAUUCGAUAGUCGAGAAACAAAUAUUUUUGUAGAAAAUUUCUGAAUAUUCCAGCACUAUGCUUGCUCUCAUAAAGUUCAACUAGUGAAAAAACUGGCCGGUUUACACAAUUUCUAUCAACGGGCAAAAACUGAUCGGUUGAACCAUUUCAAAAGGUUCGAUUACAACCCUGAUACCCGGCGUCUGAUUACCACAGAAGCUGUUUAACCGACCUUCAAGAAAUGAAAAACUGACUAUGUGGGCAUGAACCAUGAACAUUUUGAUGAAUAAUGCGGCAAAACGCGACUUAAAGGACUAAAUUGUUGCUAAGAUAUUUCAAUUCCAAAGUUCUUUUGAAGAUAAAAAACGUGAUGAUUUUCAGUUUUGUUGUUGUCGUGAUGUUUUUGAGUAUUCCAUUGUUUUUGCAAAACAUUUAGUUUCCGACGUGAAAAGUCAGAAAUAAGAGAUUUUUGCUUUUUUUACCAUCAACUUUACGAUAAGGUGCCAAUAGAACAAAAAUAGAAAAUUCUUCUGGUUCAACGAAAAAAGUGUUUCUAGUGUAUCAUAUAGCUGAAAAAUAUUUUUGAGUAUACAAAUGUUUUUUUCUUUUUAGAAAACCUUUCUGUUGGUGGCAAUAUUUUUAUUAACAUUAUGUAAAACAACAUCUGCUUGUAUAAUAUGGAAUAGUAGUGAUAGUGAUAUUUUCAGAAUUCAAUUGACUGCACAUGAUUCACCAAUCAUUAACCGGGCUCUCGAAUAUGCACAGUCUCAUCAGACAUCUCCACAAUUAAAUGAAUUUGGAUUUGUUAUUAAAUUAUCAUCUGGAAGUCCAGAUAUACGUCUUAAAAAUAAUCAAGUCGUCUCUUCAGCUGGAGAUCCAGUCCACUCCGUGCUUCCGUCAUCACGUAUGAUAAAAUAUUUUCGACAGACUGCACCGGAAUCAGAUAUAGUUCAAAAAUCAUCACCAUCAUUAUCUCGUCCAUUAUCCGGUGAUCGCCCCUCAAGUGGAGCAGCUAAUACGAAUCUUGCACAACAAACUAUAUUAAAGAAACCAUCAUCUAGUAAUACAAAACAUCCUCAAUCAGGUAAGGCGCCGCUAAUUCAAAAGAAUUGCAAGUUCUUAUUUUUCACUUAAAACUAUAUCAUUCGAUGCAAAAUUUCACGGUGAUUACGAAUAUCACCUUUUGAAUUGAUUUUGAUCCAGUUUUGGG